GGCCUCCGUUCAUCUCGCGAACCUGCCGGUACAACAACCGCCACCAUUGUCACCUCCGCAUCUGAGACCGAUCCCGAGGAUGAUGCCGACGACGAGGGAUCGUUCUUCGACCUCGAGCUCGCUCUUCCUGAGGAAGACGGGGAAACCGAAGGUAUCCACGAGGUUUCCGACGAUGCGGAGGAUCCGAGCGGCGGUGAAGGCGAUGAAGAACGAACGGGAGGAGAUUCCGACGGUACGGACGGCGGCGGCGACGAGAUCAAGCUCAUGUUCUCCUCAUGUUCCAGCGGCGAGGGCCGAGCGACGGAUCAGGACCUUGCUUUCUCCCCCUCCGACGAUCUGGUUUUCAAGGGACGUCUCGUGGCGGUCGACCCGCCGGCUUCCACCGCAGCCGCCGAGCACAAUACCUCCGCCAAAGCUCCAGCGGCGCAGUUGUCGGCGUCGCUUCUGAAAUCCGCGACGAGGUUUCGCGUGUUCAUGCAGGGGUUAAAGAAAUCGAAGGCGAGCCAUGCGAAACCCGAGAAAUCGGAAGCUAAUCCUGGAUCUGGAGACGGCGGCAAACAGAAAUCUCCACCGCCGUCGCCGUCACCGCCGCCGCAACAGAAAAAUACUCUGACGGUAAAAUUGAAAUUGGAGGAGGUACCGAUCAUCUCUCUCUUCACCAGAGACAACAGCUCGAGACACUCAUCGUCCUCGACGUCGUCUUCUUCCUCGUCUUCGUCGUCGAAGAAGCAAAACGGCAAUGAAUCUGUCGUUUCAGAUGAGAAACGUUUCGUCACGAUGAACAAGUAUCUGAAGAAGGUGAAACCGCUUUACAUCCGCGUUUCUCGUCGGUACGGCGAGAAACUGAGGCUCUCCGGCCAUCUAAGCUUCGGCUCGGGAGCUCCGGCCAAGGCGACGGAAGCUCCGGCGAAAAGCCGGAAGCAGACGGGGAGCAUCAACAUAAACAUCCCGGCAGGACUUAAAGUAGUGAAGAAGCACCUUGGGAAGAGCAGAUCGUCUUCCUCGGCGAGUCCGCCGUCGGUUACUGCUACGGCGGCGGCGACAGCGACGGCAGAGAAGUCGGGGAGACGCGAUGACUCGUUGCAGCAGCAGCAGGAUGGUAUCCAAAGCGCCAUUUUGCACUGCAAGAGAUCAUUGAAGUCCUCUCGUGAUGGGGAAUCUCCGGGCUUACCAAGAUCGGCGAGUAAAUAAUCCAUCCGCCUACGAAAUAAAUGGAAUCUCAACGGUUGAUUUUGGUGCAUUUAACACUGUGAGUUAUUGCGAUUUUUAUGAGUUUGUUUUAUUUGGUAAGAGGGUCAGAGAUAUGACUGAGACGUAGUGUACGUAUCUGUGAUGGGUUAGUGGGAAAGGGGUUUGGUGUGUUCAGGUCAUGUUGCAGUGAUGAUGACUCGUCAGUAUCUCAAGUUUGUGCAAAAAUAAAAAAUAAAAAAAUCACCAUUUGAUA